UUUUUCCUAUGGACGCGUUGAUUCUUCAAAUCACCCGCGUUCAAAUAGAGACCCACCCAUUAAGCUUCUAAGCAUCCCCACCGCUCGCUUUUACUUCGUCCUUAGCCAAACCCACAGAACGCUCCCCCAUAUUCGCGCAAGAUAUGGUGAUCCAAAUCCUCCUCUUCCUCGCCUUCUACACCAUCGCGAGGCGCUUGCUCCACAAGAUCCGCGGCCUCCCGCCCAGCCCCUUCCCCACCCUCCCCGUCAUCGGUCACCUCCACCUCCUCAAGAAGCCCCUCCACCGCUCCCUGUCCCAGAUCUCCCGGCGCCAUGGCCCCGUCGCCCUCCUCCAGUUCGGCUCCCGCCGCGUCCUCGUCGUCUCCUCCCCGGACGCCGCCGAGGAGUGCCUCACCAAGAACGAUGUCGUCUUCGCCAACCGCCCCCGCCUCCUCGCCGGGAAGCACCUCGGCUACAACUACACUAGCCUCGCCUGGUCCCCCUACGGCGACCACUGGCGGAACCUCCGCCGCAUCGCCUCCCUCGAGAUCCUCUCCACCAACCGCCUCCUGACCCUGUCGAGCAUCCGGGCCGGCGAGGUGAGGUCGCUGCUCCGGCUGCUCGCCAAGAGCGGCGGCCAGAGCGUAAACAUGAAGUCGGCUUUCUUCGAGCUGAUGCUGAACGUGAUGAUGCAGAUGAUCGCCGGAAAGAGGUACUACGGAGAGAACGUGCGGGAGGCAGAGGAGGCGAGAACGUUCAGGGAGAUCGUGACAGAGUCGUUCAAGGUCGGCGGCGCGACGAACAUCGGCGAGUUCUUGCCGUUCCUGAGGAAGAUGGGGCUGAAGGGGGUGGAGGAGAACCUGAUGGAGUUGCAGAAGAAGAGGGAUGAGUUCAUGCAGAGCUUGAUCGAUGAGAGCUGGAGCGGCAAGGGCGACAAGUCGCCGGAGGCGGCCGCAGUGGAAGGAGGGAAGAGGAAAUCGUUGAUUCAGGUGCUCUUGUCUCUGAGAGAGACUGAGCCGGAGUACUACAAAGACGAGACUAUCAAGAGCCUCAUGCUGGUUUUGUUAUCGGCGGGAACCGACACAUCGGCCGCAACCAUCGAAUGGGCUAUGUCUGCUAUGCUAAACCAUCCGGAGAUUCUAAAGAAGGCGCAAGCCGAAAUAGACGAGGUCGUUGGUCACAACCGUCUCAUCACUGAAUCGGACUUGCCUAAGCUCCUAUACCUCCAUUGCGUCAUGAACGAAACAAUGCGGAUGUACCCCGUGGGUCCGCUCCUCGUGCCUCACGAAUCGGCGGAGGAGUGCUGCGUAGGAGGUUACCGUGUCCCACAAGGCACAAUGCUCCUGAUCAACCUGUUCUCCAUACAGAACGAUCCCAAGUACUGGCCUGAUGCGGCGAAGUUCAAGCCGGAGAGGUUCCAAGGGAUGGAAGGUGUGAGGGACGGGUACAAGAUGAUGCCUUUCGGCUCAGGGAGGAGAGGGUGUCCGGGCGAGAACCUCGCCUUGCGCAUGGUCGGGUUGACGCUUGGGUCGUUGAUCCAGUGCUUUGAGUGGAACCGUAUUAGCGACGAACUGAUCGACAUGACGGAAGGGACCGGCCUCACCAUGCCUAAAGCUCAACCGUUGUUGGCAAAAUGCAGGCCUCGGUCCUUCACAUUGGGCCUUCUUUCUCAGGCUUGAAUCGAUCUGAAGAAUGAUUUCAGAUAUAGAAUUCUGGUGUUGCUACAAUAGUGUUCUGCUUUGAAUAAGAAUGUCCGCCGUAUGAACUGAUUGAAACGAGAGAUUAGCAUCGCUACAGGCACGAGUUCAUGAUAGUCAAAGUCUAAUAAAGGAUUAGGUGAACUGAUCGCCGGUCUUUGUACGGUAGGUCGCUAUUGCGGAGUCUCUGCUCGAGAGGAAAAAAUAUCUGCAUGACUACGCACACCAGACAAUUUAAGUCAACUUCGGUGGUCACCUUCAAUUUAGUGGAGGCUACAUUAGCGUGUCCACAUUGAUGUGGCGGGUUCCACUUGAUUGUGAUAUGUCCUCGGAGCUAACUACAAGAACAUUGUAAUAUAUUGUAAACCAUGAUAAGGUUGAGCCUAUUUUGCAUACGAA